AUCUGUUCCAUCAGGGUGAUUUAGAGUAAACUGGGCAAAGUCUGAUUGUUCACGUGUUCUUAUCGGGUGUUCUCCUUGGACAAAGUUCAAAUAGUCAGAGGUCACUUUAUUAGCUUCAAAAUAGGAGUGCACAAACGUAACAACGAUGGCAAAGCUAGAGUUGAUAUUUCUGGGGAUAUUCCUGGGUAUACUGGAUGUUUUAUACCCCAGUCCUACCGAUGACCAUACAGCCGACGGCCCCGUUGUCGACACCAUGUAUGGGCCCAUCAGGGGUGUCUAUGUCCAGCAGGGAUCGAUGUUCCUCGGGGUGCCUUUUGCUGCCCCGCCUGUCGGGAGUCUUCGAUGGCAACCUCCGCAGCCCCCAACAAAAUGGGCCACGACGUACAACGCCACGGCACCAAGCGCCGCCUGUAUCCAACAUGAGUGUGGCCCUGACGACGCAGAUUCCAUCGGACAAUGUCCACCCAGCAGGGAAAGGAGCGAGGACUGUCUGUACCUGAACGUCUUUGUGCCGUUAAAAACCGACGAAAGCAAACUUCCGGUAAUUUUCUGGAUACACGGGGGUAACUUCUGGGGUGGCUCGGCAAUGGGACCUCUCUAUGAUGGGAGGUUCUUGGCGAAUAAGACCAAAACUGUUGUGGUGGCGGCCAAUUAUCGGCUCAGUGCCCUGGGCUUCCUGGUGGCAGGGCAGGGGGAUGGAGCGGCGACUGGCAACUUCGGCAUUCUAGACCAGAUAGCGGCUCUGCAGUGGACCCAGGACAACAUUGGAGACUUUGGUGGUGAUAAAGAUCGGAUCACAAUAUUUGGACAGAGCGCGGGAGCCUACUCUGUUCUCCUCCAUAUGAUAGUAAACAAGAGCGACCACCUGUUCCACAGAGCUAUCGCCGCGAGCCCUCCUCUCUCCUUAACUUUCAGAAGUAAGGUUGGAGCCAUCAUUUACGGAGAUGACUUUACUCGCCAGCUGAACUGCACUCUAGGAGACAUGCAGUGUUUGAGAGCGGCCUCAGCCACCCAGGUUUUAGAGGCCCAGUAUGCCGUGCGGACAAAAAUCGUUAACCCAUUCGAUCUGAUCGAACUGUUCGAGCCCUGGGGGCCGACAGUAGAUGGAGACCUCGUUCCUGGCCAGGUGGUCGACGCGUUUGAAAACGGAAUGUUUCAGAAGAAGCCUUUGAUCAUCGGCUCCACUACCGAAGAAGCGAUCGCCUUUUAUGGGCCCAUUCAAGGUGUGUACGUUCAGCAGGGGUCUAUUUUCCUGGGCAUACCCUUCGCUGCUCCACCUGUAGGAGAUCUUCGAUGGAAACCUCCCCAGCCUCCGACGUCAUGGACGCCCAGCAUGUUCAACGCCACAACAUUCAGCUCUAUGUGCAUUCCUCACACAGGUACCAUUGACCCUUUUCCUCAUGGCCUGAGGGCGCCACCGCUUGGCAAUGGUACGAGCGAGGACUGUCUGUACCUGAACGUCUUCGCACCUACCAUUGCUAAACCUGGAGGUAAGCUACCAGUUAUCUUCUGGAUACAUGGCGGCAAUUUCUUCCAAGGAUCUGCAAUGGAUUUUCUCUAUGACGGCAGAUUCCUGGCGAACAGCACCAAAACUGUUGUGGUGGCAGCCAACUACCGACUCAGUGCCCUUGGCUUCCUGGUAACAAGGCAGGGGGAGGGAGCGGCGACUGGCAACUUCGGCAUUCUCGAUCAGAUAGCAGCUCUGCAGUGGAUCCAGGACAACAUCGCAGAUUUCGGUGGUGACAAAGACCGUGUCACGAUCUAUGGGCAGAGUGCGGGAGCCUACUCAGCCCUCCUUCACAUGACACUGGACAAAAGCGACCACCUGUUUCACAGGGCUAUCGCUUCUAGCCCCCCUCCCACUCUAUACUUCAGAACUGACCUAGAGGCCAGGAUUUUUGGAGAUGAUUUUGCCCGUCUAUUGGACUGUACUCCUGGAGAUAUGGACUGUAUGAGAUCGGCCUCGGCGUCUCAGGUAGCGCAAGCUCAGAAUGCUGCUGGAGCAAAGGUGGUGAAUCCAUUCCGGCUGAUAGAACUCCUAGAACCCUGGGGUCCUACAAUAGAUGGAGACCUCGUCCGUGGCCAACUAAUGGACCUCUUUUCAAAUGGACAGUACCAACAGAAGCCUGCCAUCAUUGGAUCCACAACAGAAGAAGGGGUUCUAUUGGUGUACGAUGGUACAGCAAAGCCGUUGUUGACACUGGAGUAUGAAGCCCUCGUAUACGGACUAUUCCUGACAAACGGACCGGCGGUGCUCCGUCAGUACCCACCGUCUCACUCCGGAGAUGAGCGACCGGUCGCUUCUCUUUUAUUGACGCACUACCUUUUCUCCUGCCCGAUCCGCCACGUUCAGCGCAGUGCAGCAGAAAACGGCAGUGCAGACUUUUGGUCUUACGUCUUUGCUCACCCGCUGACCAAGAAGGGCGGGUGGGAGAAUUAAACUUUCUGCGAGGGCCACGUUUGCCAUGGCACAGAUCUGUUCUUCACAUUUCGUGCAUUGCAACUGAGAGGUUACUACUUGACACCAGACGAAAAGACCUUGGCUGACUCUAUGGCAUAUUACUAUGGCAACUUCGCUCACUCUGGAGAUCCAAACCGACUAGCCACACACCUUGAUCAAAACGUAAAUAGAGAUGUUCUUGCCUGGCCGCGGUUCUCGGGCUCAGACAACUUCACGAGCGUCCGAUUUGACGUUCGACAGAAUAGCCUUGAGCAAGGCUAUUCGGAUGAAACGUGUGAUUUCUGGGACAAGAUUAACGUGUACCCGUGAAGAUUUUAAGUGUGUGUGGUGAUGAUGCUGAAACACUGUAGGAGAGCACUGAGUGUUAGCCAAUAAAAUACAUCGUGAUCAUUUCACUGAUAUGUCGUUGUCUCUGUUUACUGAUUUUUACUAGUCU